UUCAAUGAGCCCACUGAGAGGUCGGCUAAAGCUGAAGCUGUUAGUGCCUUAUCUCAGCUAUCCUCAUCGCACAAUGACAACGCUGUCUCAGACAAAGGAACUCUUCCGGAGAGCAGACGCUGUCUGUUUUGAUGUGGACAGCACGGUCAUCAAAGAAGAGGGCAUUGAUGAACUUGCCAAAUUCUGUGGUGUGGGAGAUGCAGUCACUGAAAUGACCCGCAAAGCCAUGGGCGGCUCUAUGACUUUUAAAACGGCGCUAACUGAGCGUCUCUCCAUCAUCCGAUGUUCCAGAGAACAAGUGAACAAACUGAUAACAGACCAUCCACCUCAGCUGACUCCAGGUAUCAGGGAGCUUGUGGACCGUCUUCACCAGCGUAACAUAAAGGUGUUCCUCAUCUCAGGCGGCUUCCGCUGCAUCGUUGAACAUGUGGCCACUCAGCUAAACAUUCCUCUUCAUCAUGUUUAUGCCAACCGGCUCAAGUUCUACUUCAAUGGAGAGUAUGCUGGUUUUGAUGAAAGUCAGCCUACAGCUGAGAGUGGUGGAAAAGGAAGGGUCAUCAGCGCGCUGAAGGAACAAUAUGGCUUCAAGACUGUGGUGAUGAUUGGAGAUGGAGCCACUGAUCUAGAGGCCUGCCCUCCUGCUAGUGCUUUCAUUGGAUUUGGAGGCAACGUCGUCAGGCCGCAGGUUAAGGACAGGUGUUCGUGGUAUGUCUCAAGUUUUGGAGAGCUCCUGAAGGAACUGGAGAAGAUCUAAAGAUGCCGAAAGAGUACAGUUACUAAUUUUAACAUUUUAUAUUUGCACGUAAUGGUGUGCCUUUUUAACGGUUUUUAUCCAGUGCACGUUUUUUUCCUUAGACGCUGUCAAUAGAUUUUUAUAAUGAAUGAAAAUGUUUUCACUAGUGAGACCAAUUUUACCUUCAUGGGGCUGAUGCCCUCUUGAUUUUUAUACUAGAAGAUACUAAAAAAAAAUAAUCAAACAGUCUUAUAUGGAAGUUUUAGUGUUUUUGCAUUAAAGAGUUAGGUAAGCUAACACAACUCUUGCAUAUUAUGUCAUGUGCAAUGAGCGAUAGAAAUGUUUUCAAUUCUGUAUGGGUAAUAAGAAAUGUAACUGGACAUGUCAUUGAGUGUGGUGACUAGAGUCCUGCAAAAAU